GCCUCCAGCUCGGCCUGCCGCCGCUCGCCCCCGUCCCGUCGCGUCCCGUCCCGUCGCGUCCCGUCCCCGGAUGGAUCCCGAGACGGCGGGGGACGAGCUGUCCCGCCUGCGCGCCCUCUUCGUGGCCUGCGACGCCAGCGGCUCGGGCCGCAUCGAGCGGGAGGACUUCGCGGCGCUCUGCGCCGAGCUGCGGGUGCGGCCGGCCGAGGCCGAGGCGAUCUUCCAGCGCCUCGACAGCGACCACGACGGGGCCAUCACCUUCCCGGAGUUUGCCCGCGGCUUCCGCGGCGCCACCCGACGGCGGCCCGGCGGCGGCGAGACGGAGGGGGACGAGAAGGAGGAGGAGGAGGAGGAGGAGGAGGCGGCGGCGGCGUGGACCGCCGCGGGGAUAGAGCAGCCCUGGCGGGACUUCGAGGUGCGGCUCGGGGACGAGGCGAGGUACAUCCCCAGACAAGAGCAGGUCAGUGUUCUGUAUCAGAACAUACACAUAGCGGAACCAAGAUUAAUCCAGCCGUACGAACAUGUCAUUAAGAACUUCAUCCGAGAGAUCAAGCUUCAAAGCACAGAGAUGGAAACUUUGGCCAUUGCCGUAAAAAGAGCUCAGGAUAAAGCGGCAGUUCAGCUCAGUGAGCUGGAGGAAGAGAUGGAACAACGGAUACAGGCUGCAGAGCACAAAGUUAAAAAGGAAGAGAAGCGAAAAGCUGAAGAAGCACUAAAUGAGCUAAAGCGCCAGUAUGAUACUGAAGUUGGGGAUCUUCAAGUGACAAUAAAAAAACUUAAAAAGUUGGAGGAGCAAUCCAAAAACGUAAAUCACAGGGAAGAUGUGAUUGAAUUGAAAAAAAGAAUGCAUGAUAUGUUGCUGGAAAAUCAGAAACUUAAGAAAGAUCUUUUAGAAGCACAAACAAAUAUAGCUUUUCUACAGAGUGAAUUAGAUAGCUUGAAAAGCGAGUAUGCAGAUCAGACUUUGAACACGGAGAGAGACCUAGAAAUGAUUCGAGAAUAUACUGAAGACAGAGAUAAUCUGGAACGACAAAUUGAAAUACUUCAAUCAGCUAAUAGGAAGCUACAUGAUAGCAACGAUGGUUUAAGAAGUGCGCUUGAAAACAGUUUGACCAAGUACAACAGAUCAUUGAGGUUAGCAAACACCUCACCAGGAAGUACCAUUUCUAGAAGCAGUCCUAAAUUUAAUGGUGGACAGUCUCCUCCAAACCCACGGUAUGAUAGAUCAUCUCAUUCCUCUUGUGUGGAUGAAGAUUAUGAUUCUUUAGCCCUUUGUGAUCCUAUGCAAAGGAUAAACUGUGAAGUUGACAGCUUACCUGAGAGCUGUUUUGACAGUGGUUUGUCUACCCUGAGAGAUUCAAAUGAGUAUGAUUCAGAAGUGGAAUACAGGCAUCAAAGGAUUUUUCAAAGGUCACAGUGUAUGCAAGAAAGCUUUGGUGGUGAUGCUUCUGAUACAGAUGUUCCGGAGAUCAGGGAUGAAGAGGCAUACAGUCCUGAUAACAGCAGUACAGUAUUAGACUGGAAGCCCUCACGGCCAGUAAGUCGAAGCAGCUCAGUUGCUUCAACGAAGAAAUACAUAUCUGCUCUCACCCCUCAGUCAGAUGCGGGCGAAUGUGCUCAGAAAUACCCCAGCUCGGAGAAGGCCUACAAGAUUGUUCUCGCCGGAGACGCAGCAGUGGGAAAGUCCAGUUUCCUUAUGAGACUUUGCAAGAAUGAAUUUCGAGGAAACACCAGUGCAACCCUGGGUGUGGAUUUUCAAAUGAAAAGACUAAUUGUUGAUGGAGAACCUACAGUGCUACAACUGUGGGACACAGCUGGGCAGGAGAGAUUCCGGAGUAUUGCUAAAUCAUACUUCAGAAGAGCGGAUGGCGUCUUACUGCUCUAUGAUGUAACAUGUGAAAAAAGCUUUCUUAAUGUGCGAGAAUGGGUAGAUAUGAUUGAGGAUGCAACUCAUGAGAAUAUUCCAAUUAUGAUGGUGGGAAACAAAGCAGAUCUCCGUCAAGCUGUUACAGAACAAGGGCAAAAAUGUGUGCCUAUAAACUAUGGAGAAAAGCUGGCUAUGACUUAUAAUGCGCUGUUCUGUGAAACAAGUGCUAAGGAUGGAUCUAAUAUUGUAGAAGCAGUUCUUCAUCUUGCUCGUGAAGUGCGAAAACGAAGUGAUAAUCAAGAUGAUACAAGGUCAGUAACCAGCCUGGCUGGGACACCUGUCAAAAAAUCGGCACUCACGAAAAACUGUUGCAAUGUUUAAGUGAUAGAUACUUUUCCUGACCUAAAUACCUUGUAUAUUUAAAAAAAAUAUGAAGGAUUUAAAUAAUGUAUUCUUUUUAUUGUGAAUUUAUAUAUUUCUGUAUUUAGAAAUUGAACAUAAUGUUAAAAAUCCACUCUACUUGCUACUUAUUCAUAUUUGUGCACUUGCUUUGUCCCAUAGGCUUCACUUUUCUUAAAUAAUACAAGUCAAUGAAGUGAGCUCAGAAUCAAUAGUACAGUAAUCACUGCAUACAAUAAUAUAAUAUAUUUUAUCUUUUUUACCUGCUUGUUUCUUUAUGGGCUCAAUAUUUCUUACAUACAUAACAUGAUAAUGUCAUACAUCUCUCAUAGGAAAAGAAAAAAUUACAGCUCCAAUUAAUGAAAUCUCUUUUUGGUCAUGUCUGCUUAUCUAGCUUUUGCAGGCCUUAAGUUGUAUAUUGAUGAAACAUUUCCCAAGAAAACACCAAACCAUUAAAAGGUUGCCUAGAUCCAGGUAGACCUUAAGUUCGGGUAUGAAGGAGAAUGGUCUCUGUUGGGAGAAGACAGUGGCAGGUGCAUGAGUUUCUGGUGUAAUUUUACAAAAGUUGGUGCGUUAGAAUUUAUUUAAUUUUGGGAGUUGGGGUUUGAUUCAGAACUGAGAAGUAGAUUUUGCAUCUGAUCCUACACAGCUCAGAAAUGAAAGGAACACUUGCAUGGACCAUUACCAUUCACAAUUCUAGAGAGAGUAUAAUUUACCUGUGAUAUGUACUGAGAUGGGUUAACAGGCCUUCCUGUUUGUUUUAACUAUAUCAUUAUUAGUAUUACAGAGAGCUAUGAGUUGUAAUUUUUCUCUUGUUUUUCAAACAUCUUCUGUUCAGACACGAAUUGAGGGAUUGUAGUAGUACAGAGGAGUCUCUUUUAACGGAUAUUGUUUAUGCAUUUUUUAAGUUCUAAACCUGCAAUUGAAAGAAUUGCUGCACAUGCACAAGCAUCUGUAUAAACUGUUCAUUAAAAUAAGUCCCUGAAAUAAACAGCAACAGCUUACCUUCAUGAGAAUUCCUUUGCCUAAAUGUAGGAAAAUUCUGAGAAACUCACCAGCGGUCGUAGCUUUAGGUGUCAGCAUCUCUAAAAGACUGAGUUAUUAUUGCUUAUAAUAAUAAUUCCCAAUAGUCCUGUAGUGUAGUAAAAGUUGUAGGUAUUUCUACAGCUAACAAUCAUAUUCCGCUUCUCAGAUUUCACUAAUUUUGAUGGCAAUGGGAUAGGGCUCCUUCGGAGCCAGCAAAAAGUGUUUCAGUCUUCUCUGUGUAUAUUAAUAAAACAUCUCCAGGCUGAAACCUAGCUCAGUAAAUCAACCUUGGAUGAAGUUUUAUGGACUGAUUUGAAACCCAUAUGACUGGCAGCUGUUACUGCAUUUUAUCAGAACUGUAUUUGAACACUGUGCCUGUGCUGUGUUAUCGGUUUUAUAAAAUGUGGAGUUCUCAGAAACGGGAAGGUUCACUAUUUAAAAAAAGCCAAACUCAGUUUUCAAGUAGGAAGAGCAGUGGUUUUAGGUAUCCUUUCAAACCUCUAGAUCAGAGCAGCUAAUCUUCAGUUACCUAUCUGAAAGCUUGUUCUUAAAAAGAUGGAGAAAUCUAAUGGCAGAAAGUGUAAGACAUUUUAUUUCACUGUACUGUGCUUCAGCCCUAGAAGAGAAAACAUGUUUGGUGUCCUUUGUGAAGUACUAAGGGCAUCUUCACAUAGUACCUUAUUCCAUGCAGGAGACCUUAGCAUUGUAGCAUCUUCCCACCCAGCAGUACAGGAAGCACCGCGUAUCUGGAGCAGGUGGCAGAGAAUGAAGGAGAUGCAGGUGUACCAGGAAUAUGCCUGGUCAUGUAUGUAUUGUUUACUAUUAACCCUGUAUAAUUUAAACAGGGAAAUUACAGCUGUAAUUAGCUUCUCUGAGGAGAAAACCACACUACCUGAGCCCAUUGGUGCAGGCCACUUUUGUGUUCUUUGCGUGUAAAAGCUUCUCUCUCUCCUAAGGGGUGAAACAGAAGAAUUUAUGUGGGUUGUACUUGCAGGUUAGUUCUUCCUGCAGCAGUAGGGAGGAGAGUGUUUCUGAAGUUUAAGCUUACAAAAUGUAGGUAUUUACAUUUUCUCAGGAUGAGAAGCUGUUACGUACAUUCUUACAUUCCAAAAUGUUGUUCCUUCAGUGCUAUUAACUUCUGUUAACCUGUAGGGUUUAGACUAAGGCUCGGUGUUCUGUGUGUGCCUGCUGAGACACCGUGUUUGAGCAGCUCUGUGGUCUUGGCCUGCAGUAAAUGGGGUGAAAUAUGCUUGCCUAAACCUUGUUGACACACCUGCAUAAGCAAGACGUUUUGAUUGGAUACCAAGAAUCACAUAAAGUUGUUUGCACAAAAGAUUUCUGGAAGUGGUUUUGUCCGACCUCCCAAGCACCCAAGCAGAGGUGGACUUUUUCCAGCCCUAGGUCAGGUUAGGUGUGGGCUUAGCCAGGCUGCGAAAAGCCCCAAAGACAAGAGAUGCCACUACCAUUCCAGGCAACCCAUUCCCAUGCUUGCACUCCCCUUCUUUUUAAAAUUUUCCUCUGUGUCCGACCUCAGUUUCCCCGGUGGCUGCAAAUCUGUAACUGUUUCCCCUCAUUUUGUCAUCAUCUGCUACCAAGAAUAAUUUGGCUGCUUUCAUGUUAACUCCCCUUUCAGUAUCUGUAGGCUGUUCGAUCCCCUUUAGCCUUCUCUUCACUAGUCUAAUAACAACAAUGUGGGUUCCACAUCACAGAGUUAGCAGCGUGAGUACAUGUGCAGCAAUUGCUUUCGUAUCUGAGCUUGUUAUCACACAGAGAAUGCUAUGUGAAGGUCCGUGCCUGUAGAGAGCCUGGUUGAAGGAUGUGAGACCAGGGACCUGCCUUCACACCUAUUUUUUCCUCUCUGCAGGUUUGGGCCAUUGAUAUUUUGGGUACUUUUCUUCCAUUUAUUUUAAUGACCAAAAUCUUUCAUGUUAUAUGGCCAAAUUAUAUAAACUGAAUUCUUUUUUUUAAGCUCUGUGAUUUUUUUAUGUGUCAUGUAUAGCAACUUUAGUUUGAAACAGUGUUGUAUUUUAAAUAAGAUUCAGGGUUGGAAACUGUUAAGAAAGUUUUACCUUGGACUAGUUUUAUGAUCAAUGUCUUAACUUACUGAAAAAGCACAACCAAAUGGGGAUAUAUAGCUAUAGCUCAGUUGGAACUGGUUUUGGAAAUCCUGUGAUGAUCAGUUCCACUGUGUGAAUUUUCACAUAGUACCAUGUAGAAUUCAUGUGAAAGCAAAAGAACUUGGAAAAAAUAUUUAAAUUUAGAAAUUAAAGCAUGUAUUUAUACAUGGAAAUAAUGGAUAUAUAGUUUUCUGUUAUUUUGCUUUGAAUGGUUGCCUUGCCUUCUACCUAAAAUGUAAAAUGGCAAACAUCAGCUUUAUGGUCUGACAUGGUUGCACUAUUGUACUUAGAAUGUUUUUAUGGUUUUGCUUAGUACGUAAGAACUAUUCAUUUAAUCAUGCAAAAUUAUUUUUUUAGCAGAGGAUGUGUUCCCUUAAUACAUGUAUUUAUUUGAAAAGGAAAGGCCUUUCGUGUUUUUCCUCAUGACCUGUAUAUAAAUUAUUUUUAUUCAGUUGACAUGGAAGUAUUAUUUUAUCCUGUAUUGGUUUUGACCCUUCUUAAUUGUGGCGUGGUACACAUUUCUGAGGCAAUAACUUCUGUGAGAUGCUCUGAAAAUGUUUUGAUCACAUAAGUUCUUGUAAUCACUUUGUGCCUAUUUAGCAUACAUUAUCGGCUUAAUAAGACAAGCUGCAGCUUCUUCUACUUAGAAGUACAGUUAUGGCCUAACAUGGUUUAAGUAUUGUUCUGUGUAACUAUUUUUGUAUUGACUAUAAAAUCCUUUAUUAUUUUAGGAAAAAUAAAUUACAUUUUUAAAUCUC